AGGAGUUUGACUUUACAAAGUGAAGACUCUGAUUCCUCCCCGUCGCCUGACGAGAUGGCCGUGCCGGCGCCGGCCAAGGCGGCGCGCGCGCUCGCGGCCACGGCGGCGGCGCUCGUGCUGCUGUGGUGCGUACACUUUCGCGGUGGCCUCGCCCUCAGCUCCCCCACCAACAAGGGGCUCAUCUUCAACGUUCAUCCUGUCCUUAUGCUGAUCGGAUUCAUCAUCAUAGGGAGUGAAGCCAUUAUGAGCUACAAAACAUUGCCAUGGAGCCAUGACACAAAUAAGAUGGUCCAUUUGAUUCUUCAUGCUGUUGCGCUUUUUCUGGGAUCGUUCGGGAUAUAUGCUGCCUUCAAGUUUCACAAUGAAAGUGGAAUCGCUAAUCUAUACAGCUUGCACUCCUGGGUUGGACUUGGCGCUAUCAUUUUGUAUGGUUUACAGUGGGUAUCUGGCUUUCUGACCUUCUUCUUUCCCGGCGCUUCGCCGACACUGCGACGUGCCGUGCUUCCGUGGCACAUUCGUGCUGGGCUCGUGGUCUACGUGCUGGCGCUGCUCGCGGCUGAGCUGGGGUUCCUGGAGAAGCUCACUUUCCUUCAGGUCGCGGGUCUGGGCAAAUACAGCUCGGAAGCCCUGCUGGUAAACUUCACUGCCCUUGUUGUGUUACUACUGGGCGCAUCUGUCGUGCUGUAUGUCACCGCUCCUGCACAGAGUGAGCACAGGCUUGGGUAUUCAGCAGUGCGCAAGUCCUGACUCCUCACCCGCCUGCUCGGUUUUGUCCCAUCGUUUGUAUGUUUGAAGUACAGACACUAACAUUUCAUCUUGUUUUACACAGUUGUCUGCAAUCGAGUGCCGAUUCAGAACAACAGAAUGUAAAAUUUGGCCGUCUUGUUUACCAGUAGAUUUUCUUGAGUUGUUGCAA